CUAAUUGUUGGGGGCAGUACACGAGGACUUGGGAAAGCGCUUGCUCGUGAAUUUUUGCUUUCCGGUGACAGGGUUGUAAUUACUUCACGCAGCCCUGAAUCCGUGGACACAACUGCCAAAGAAUUAGAAGAAAAUUUAAAUCAAGUUAAGAUCGCCACAGCUGGCUCAUCCAAAACAAAUUUGAGGCAUGCAAAAGUGACGGGAAUCACAUGUGAUGUUUCUAAACCUGAAGAUGUGCAGAAGUUGGCAAACUUUGCUGUCAAUGAACUUGGCUCUAUUGAUAUUUGGGUCAACAAUGCUGGGACGAACAAAGGUUUCAGACCAUUGCUGCAAUUUGAUGAUGAUGAUAUCCAACAGAUUGUGUCUACUAACUUGGUUGGAUCCAUCCUAUGCACUCGUGAAGCAAUGAAGAUUAUGAGCACCCAGAAUAAGGGUGGUCAUAUAUUCAACAUGGAUGGUGCAGGAUCUGGAGGAUCUAGCACCCCAUUGACAGCUGUCUAUGGCUCAACAAAAUGCGGUCUUAGGCAGCUUCAGUCGUCUCUUCUAAAGGAGAGCCGGCGGUCAAAAGUUGGAGUUCAUACAGCCUCACCGGGCAUGGUCCUGACUGACUUGCUAUUAAGUGGUUCGAGUGUACAAAACAAACAGAUGUUUAAUAUCAUCUGCGAGCUUCCAGAGACAGUUGCUAGAACUUUAGUUCCUCGAAUGCGAAUUGUAAAGGGAAGUGGGAAGGCCAUUAGCUAUUUGACUCCUCCACGGAUCUUACUUGCUCUGGUCACAGCAUGGGUGAGACGUGGCCGUUGGUUUGAUGAUCAGGGACGAGCACUUUACGCUGCAGAGGCAGAUAGACUUCGCAACUGGGCUGAAAGUCGAACCAGAUUUUCAUUUACCGAUGCCAUGGAGAUGUACACAGAAAAUACAUGGGUUUCUGUGUUUUCACUUUCAGUGGUUUGUGCAUUCAUCAUCCUAUCAAGUACAAGUAGCACAUUUCCCGGGACCUGAAAGCAAAAAAAUGCACUGUGAGUCCAGCAAUUUAGGAAAACAAGAGGCUCCCAGUAAAAAUAUUGGUAAAUACACAAGCAGCAGCAAAAGGGUGGACAAUUUUUCUCCCUGCAUCCUUGUUCAUUGACAUGCCAAUUCUUGAACGAUUUACGAGACUCAGAAGGUCUCUUAUUGGUGCGAGCUGCGCAUUUCUGUCUUAAUUGGGCCGUAGCUUUUCUCCAAACAGGAUCUUACAUAUAGUAUCUAUUCAUUUUAAAGAACAACUGUGUAUUUCUAGGAUGCUCAUAAAGAAUUAGGUCAUUGUCUGUUAAUUACAUUUUGUGAAGAAGUGCUCUUACAUGGUCUUUUGUCUCGAUGAAUUAAUCAUCAAGCGUGAUUCGAUAUA